AUGACUUACACCCUGCUCUUCCUCCUUGCUCUUUCAGUCGUGUCUAUCAAAACUCAAACAAUUGAAGAUGAAUAUCAAGAGCCCCCCAGCAACUCAACAGAUAAUGCAUCCUCCUACGACACCAUUGUAAAAAAGUUUGUGAAGCAAAACUCGAUAAAAUCGGGAGUAAUUACUUCUCCAUAUCUCCAAAUCAGAUACAAAAACAUCAAUUACUAUUGGUUGGGUUAUUAUUCGUACAAUUCAAAUGAUUCAAUGAGAUGUGAAUAUCCAAUUGAUGAAUCUGAUACCGAGUUUCGUGGUGUCACUUACCCAGACGGUACUAAGCCGUGGGCACUCUCCUUCCGGUGUCAGAAAAAUGAGAGCUGUUGUGGUUUAGAAUGCUGUUCAGAGAGCCGUAGUUCCAUUUUUAUUGUUGGAGCAAUAAUAUUGUUUUUCGUUGGACUCUACUGGGUCAUCAUCAAAUACAGAAAAUAUGGAAAGCAUAAGAGAGAAGCUGUUGCUAACGAUACUUCGGAACCAUUGAGAAAUCCGAAGGUCUAA